AUGGACAAUAUCGCCAGUGUCCCGGAGCUAGUGCUUCGUCAGACCGGCCACCACCACCGGCGAGAUCCAUCACUACCGGCCCUCUCCAUCCAGUGCGCCAGUGGUGAAAUGUACCCACAACAGCAGCMUCAGCAGCAACAGCAGCUAGGCUAUGCGCCAACGCCAUACAGCUAUACCCCGUCCAGCACCCUGACUGCAACAAUCAAUCUCGAUGAGGAAGUCAAACUUGCCGAAAACUCGGCAGAACGUGACUUGUUCGAGUCUCUGGCCGAAAUCUACAGCAUCAUCAUCACUCUCGAUGCGCUCGAAAAGGCCUACCUACGAGAUAGWAUCAAAGAAUCAGAGUAUACCGAAACCUGCGAUCGACUAUUGCGUCAGUACAAGAGCAAUCUUGCAGACGACAGCGUCCAUGCUGCAUUUGGCGAUCUCGAAAGGUUCAAGGCGAAAUGGGAUUUGGAAGUGCCCAAGGCAACAGAACGGCUCAAAAUCGGUCUCCCAGCAACCAUAGAGGCGGUUCCUGCUCGGACUGGAUCACAGCAGCAUCGCGCAUCCAACUCUCACAUGCCUAACAGCGGUGCUGGGGCAGCCAAUGCAUCGGCCAUUGUAUCAGCUUCCGAGAACUUCAUCACGUUGUUUGAUGCAGUGCGCAUGAACAUCUUGUCCAAAGACACGUUGCAUCCCAUCCUGGUCGAUACGAUCCAGGCGGUGAAUAAAGUCACCGAUCGUGAUUUUGAGAACAAGGGCAAGAUUAUACAGUGGCUGAUCACGCUCAAUCAGAUGCGUGCCGCCGAAGACUUGAGUCCAGAGCAGGCUCGAGAGUUGCAGUUCGAUCUCAACUCGGCAUACGAAGGCUUCAAGGCUGUWCUGGACUGA